CGUAUGUCAGAUUUGGCUGAUAGGUUAGUCCAUCGCAAUUUUCUUAUUAUUUUAUUAAAUACUAUUCUAUUUAGUUAUAAAAUUCUGUAAUAUAUAAAAUAUUAGUGUUUUAGUAACCUCACCUCAAGAUGCAGCUGCAUAUCAGAGGACAGUCUACGCACAUUCUUGAUGUCAAUGGAGAGGAGUCCAUUGCACAGAUCAAGGAUCGUGUAAGAGCACUCUCAGACAUUGGCGCUGAGGAAUUCACACUCUCUGCGCUCGGUGCCCCACUCGAAGAUGGCAUCCUUGUAUCUGAGCUGGCAUCCACAGACCUUGACCUGACCGUGCCACUGCUUGGUGGUAAAGUGCACGGAUCACUGGCUCGUGCUGGUAAAGUAAAAGGACAAACACCCAAAGUUGAGAAGCAACAAAAAAAGAAGAAGAAGACUGGCCGUGCUAAGAGGAGGAUUCAAUACAACAGGAGAUUUGUGAAUGUUGUACAGACCUUCGGCCGUCGUCGUGGACCCAACUCCAAUUCGUAGAUUUAUGUUUUUGUAAAUAUAUGCAAAUAUAACAUCUGAUUUGCA